AUGUAUGUAUGGUGUAUGUAUGUCCACCUGCAGAUUCAGAAUAACUGGACAUAUGGAGAGAUUUUGGAUGAAAAUGAAAAAACUCACCCAAUGCUCCGACCGUACAAAACAUUCUCAGAGAAGGUAAGAGGCACAGUUGAUAAUUUUCUUACAAUGCAUAGUCAUUUCUGUCAACCACCACAGAUUUUUACCAUUGCUGCUCUCGGAUGCCCUCUGUCUGUAAUGAUCUCCCUUGUAGGACAAAGAGAUCUACCGUUGGCCCAUCAAAGAGUCCAUGAAGGCUAUGAUUGCAUGGGAGUGGACUCUGGAUCAAACGAGGGAAGGAGAGGAAGCCAAGACUGAGCAGAAGAAGGCGGCUCGGAAGAUCUCUCAGACUGCACAGGUACAGAGAAAAGGAGGAAUAAUCCAUAAAAUGACGUCUUAGAUUUAAUAGGAUCUCUUUGGAAUAAACAUUAUUUUAGAUCAGACAGAGAUGAUAAAGACAGUGUGAAUAAAUGUUUAUGAAUAUAAAUGUGUGUAUUUCAGGCAACAUAUGACCCCAGCCAUGGCUACAGUCCCCAACCGAUUGAAAUCUCCCACACGGCACUGUCAAGAGAGCUGCAGGUAUGAUGACACUAAAGUAUGGACCAUCCCUCUCAAUUACUUUACACACUGUAAUGUGAUCAAUGUUUUCAUAAUUUCUCCUUUCCCCAGUCCAUGGCAGAACAGCUUGCAGAGAACUAUCACAAUACCUGGGGUCGCAAGAAGAAGAUGGAGCUGCAGUCCAAAGGUCAGAGGUCAUUCUGUUCAGGAAACAAAGAGGAUAUUAGCUACAGAAUUGCCAGUCACCUUUUUCUUUAACAAAAGUGAAUGGGAACUUUGUGUGUGUUUUGACUGUGUGUAGGAGGAGGCUCCCACCCUUUGCUUGUACCCUAUGACACCCUGACAGCAAAAGAAAAGGCACGAGACAGGGAAAAGGCUCAUGAGCUUCUCAAAUUUCUUCAACUCAAUGGAUUUGCAGUCACCAGGUAAAAGGAAAAGUCAUUGAAGGUAUCAAGUUAAAGAAGCAACUGAAUAUGUAUUGAUAAAUCAUGCUUUUGAAUGCGUUCUCAAGGGGGAUGAAAGACAUGGAGUCAGACAUCUCAUCUAUCGAGAAGCGCUUUGCCUAUGGUUUCCUGCAGAAGCUGUUAAAGUGGAUGGAGAUCGCCCAGGAGUUCAUAGCUCAUCUUGGUAGGGUGGGCUCUGGGAGGAGGGUGGAUGAUGAUAACCAAUGAAAUAGUGCUCUGUUAUUGAGCAACUGAAUGAAUCAGUGUAUAGUCAAUGUUGACAUUUAACACAAUAACAAUACUCCAUAAUGUUGUCUUGUGUGUUUUCUUUCAGAGGCUGUGGUGAGCAGUGGCAGAGUGGAGAAGUCGCCUCAUGAGCAGGAGAUCAAAUUCUUUGCAAAGGUGAGCACAGAAUCACUAUGAAACAGGCCCAUCUAGAGAAGAGGCGAGAUGGCAUUUAAUACAGCUGUUACAUGUUUACUGCAGGGGUAUAAGAAUAUAUGAUGAUGAUGAUGAAAUGUGUUUGUCUCAGAUCCUGUUGCCCCUGAUCAACCAGUACUUUAAAAACCACUGUCUGUACUUCCUGUCCACACCGGCCAAAGUCCUGGGUAGUGGAGGACAUUCCUCUAACAAGGAGAAAGAGAUGAUUGCCAGGUAACUCUGUCACACACUGUAUAACAUGUGUAUUGCUACAACUCAGUUUAGUUAGUAGGCUUUCGCCACUUUCAUAUAUCUCUACUCAUCCUUUCAAGUCUCUCUUUUGGAACCUGUGCUGUAAUUUCUCAUUUUCCUCUUGCUUUCAUCAUUCAUUACCUUUCUCUGCAUUUCCUCUCUCUUUUCUAUUGGGUAUCGCUGUAGCAUCUUCUGUAAAAUGGCUGCUCUGGUGAGACACAGAGUUUCUCUCUUCGGUAAGAAAUCAUCUUUGUCCUGAUGAUUUAGUUCUGUCUAGUCCAGUCAUUCCUGCUCUAUUACCGUAUAUUUCCCUCUGCUCUAUUUACAUCUCUUUAACUUGUGUUUGACCCUUCUUACUGUAUUUUUAUUUCACUGUUCACUGCUUUUCCCCCUCUGUCUCUGAUUACCUGUGCUUGGCUUUCUCUCCCUCUCAUGCUGAUUGAGUUGUCAUUUGAACUAAUGUACUUAUGUUAAAGGUUUUUCUACCUGGUACUGUAAAUCCAAAAUAAUUCACCAUGAUGUUGCCAACCUUCAUUAUAACUAAGUGACUUUGUCUAUCCUGUAUAGGAAAUGAUGCCCCUGCUAUUGUCAACUGUCUUCACAUCCUGGCACGAUCUCUCGACGCAAGGUAAUCUUCACUUGUCUAAAAUGUGUGCACAAUCCAAAUACAAAGGUAUUGGAUCAGAUGUGUCCUCUCAGAUUUUCUCAUAGCCUUCCUCUGUACCCUCCUUGCUCUGUUUUCCUCAGGACGGUGAUGAAGUCUGGGCCUGAGAUUGUGAAGGCAGGGCUCCGGUCGUUCUUUGAGGGUGCAGCUGAUGAUAUCGAGAAGAUGGUGGAGAACCUCAAACUGGGAAAGGUGUCUAAAGGCAACCAGGUAAGAGCAAAGUGUCUACAAGAGAACAGGUAGGAAUUGAACUAUUCCAGAACUGUUGCGUUUUGUUCUUGUUCACCAUGUCUUACUUUGUGGUCCCUCUACAGCAGGUGAAAGGCGUGUCCCAGAACAUCAACUACACCACCAUCGCUCUGCUCCCAGUCCUCACCUCCCUGUUCGACCACAUCUCACAGCACCAGUUUGGAGAUGAUGUCAUGCGUGAGUCGUGUCAUCAAGGCAUUCAUGUGAUGACACAGCAUUCAAGUUUACUUACUCGCAGAAUUGUGAAAACAUUUACAUGUCUUGUUAACCAUGUGUGUGUGUGUUCGUGUUCGUGUUCAUGUGUUUGUGUGUGUUCGUGUGUUUGUGUGUGUGUGUGUGUGUUCGUGGUGGUCAGUGGAUGAUCUCCAGACGUCAUGUUACCGCAUCAUGUGUGCCAUCUACUCCCUGGGCACUGUCAAGAACCCUCAUGUGGAGAGGUGAGUCUGGAUCUGGCUCUGUUUAUCUUUGUGAAAAGUACAGCAAUACAAACCUGAUCAUCUGUGAGUUUGACUGCCCUUGUCGUCCCUCCUCCAGGCAGAGGCCAGCUAUGGGGGAGUGUCUGGCCCAUCUGGCGGCUGCUAUGCCUGUGGCCUACCUGGAGCCCCAUCUCAAUGAGUACAACACCUUCUCUGUCUACACCACCAAGACCCCCAGAGAAAGAGCCAGUGAGUGUCCAGCUAAUUCUAUGACUUGUUCUCUGUCCACCCAGGACUUGUAGUCAAGUUCCCCAACACUCUCUCUCUGUCUCUGUCUCUGUCUCUGUCUCUCUGUCUGUCUGUCUGUCUUGAUGUCCAUAGUCCUGGGUCUGCCCAACGAGGUCCAGGAGUUAUGCCAGGACAUACCAGAGCUAGACAUUCUGUUGAAAGAGAUCGGGGACUUGGCAGAGUCAGGUGCCCGUUACACUGAGAUGCCCCAUGUGAUCGAGAUAACUCUGCCCAUGCUGUGUAACUACCUGCCCCGCUGGUGGGAAAGAGGAGUAGAGAACUUCCCUGAGCUGGAGGGCCAGAUCUGCACCGACGUCACCUCUGAGCAGCUCAACCAGCUGCUGGGCAGCAUCAUGAAGAUCGUGGUCAACAACCUGGGAAUUGACGAGGCCUCCUGGAUGAAGAGGCUGGCUGGUGAGGUUGCCACAAUGCAUUACGUGUCUACUGUACCUGUGUGUGUUUUCUUGCCAACUCACCAUCACCACUCCUCUUCCAUCCCUAGUCUUCUCCCAGCCUAUUGUGAGCAGGGCCAAGCCAGAGAUGCUCAAGUCCCAUUUCAUCCCCACCAUGGAGAAGCUGAAGAAGAGGACUGGGAAGGUGGUGGCAGAGGAGGACCACCUGCGUAUGGAGGGGAAGGCUGAGGGGGACGAGGAGGAGGGCACCAUCAGGGAUGAGUUUUCUGUGCUCUGCAGGGACUUGUACGCUCUCUACCCUCUCCUCAUCCGCUAUGUGGACAAUAACAGGUACAGCACACAGGCAAACUAGUGGCUGGUCAUGUUUUUUCUUUAGAUAGGGCACCUUUUCAUAUCCAGUAUCCUGACUAACAGUACUGUAUGUCAGAAACCAUUCCCCCUGACAGUUGUCUUUGCGUACAUGUUUGUUGUGGUGUUAGCGGUCUCUCCAUCACUAGAACCUUAAACAUAUGUCCUCCAUUUGCAGGGCGAGGUGGUUGACAUGCCCAGACCCAGAUGCAGAGGAGCUCUUCAGAAUGGUUGGAGAGGUCUUCAUAUUCUGGUCCAAAUCUCAUGUGAGUGUAAAUCCCUGAAAGGUGACAACUAUUUCUCUCAUGUCACCUCUGUGUCAAAUAUGUGUACGCGACCAAUACACUUUGAUUUGAUCUGAUGACCUUUCUUUCUCUCUCUUGUGUCUCUGCAGAACUUCAAGCGAGAGGAGCAGAACUUUGUGGUGAUGAAUGAGAUUAAUAACAUGUCUUUCCUGACUGCUGACAGCAAGAGCAAGAUGAGUAAGGUGAGCCAAUACAGACCAUCUGGGGUUAAAAAGAUGAGUAAGGUGAGCCAAUACAGACCAUCUGGGGUUAAAAAGAUGAGUAAGGUGAGCCAAUACAGACCAUCUGGGGUUAAAAAGAUGAGUGAGGUGAGCCAAUACAGACCAUCUGGGGUUAAAAAGAUGAGUAAGGUGAGCCAAUACAGACCAUCUGGGGUUAAAAAGAUGAGUAAGGUGAGCCAAUACACAGACCAUCUGGGGUUAAAAAGAUGAGUAAGGUGAGCCAAUACACAGACCAUCUGGGGUUAAAAAGAUGAGUAAGGUGAGCCAAUACAGACCAUCUGGGGUUAAAAAGAUGAGUGAGGUGAGCCAAUACAGACCAUCUGGGGUUAAAAAGAUGAGUGAGGUGAGCCAAUACAGACCAUCUGGGGUUAAAAAGAUGAGUAAGGUGAGCCAAUACAGACCAUCUGGGGUUAAAAAGCCAUUCAGUUACCUUCAGCGUUUAAAUGUUGUGGCAUGUUAGCCAGGGCUCUCCAACCCUGUUCCUGGAGAGCUACCGUCCUGUAGGUUUUAGCUUUCCAUGAACAGGGUUGGAGAGCCCUGUGUUAGACUGAUGUCAGCAGAUUUGGGAAGACUAUGAAUUACUGAAACAUCAUAAAUUGACAUCAUUUACACAACAGCAACAAUGUAGCCAGCAAUUUGUCUCACAUCCUGCAUCGUUUGCUUUAAAAAAAAAAAACAUUUCACAUACUUGAUUGUGAAUUAAUUUGGGAUAUCCUCCUAACCCAUUGUAGCUAACAAUGUGGAGUAUAACUUACCUAUACAAAUUGUUGGUUCUUUUUCAAAACUGUACUUGAUGUCUGCAUAGGUUCUCGAGAAAAUGCUAACUAGCGUUAGCACAAUGACUGGAAGUCUAUGGGUGUCCACAAGUUUAUCUGACUCUGAAAUGAAAGAUCGUGUUACUUAAGUAUAUAUAUUGUAUCACUGACAAUAGCCCAACAGUAAAGGCAAACAAGUAUUUUCCCCACAUCUUCAGCAGGUAUGGUAUAUUGGAAAGCUUUAAAAAAAACCCAGUGUUUUGUUUUUGUUAAAUCAGUUUGAUAUGACCGCUUUUUAGCCCUGUUUUCCAUGCCUGCCUUGGCUUGUCUCCAUUUGAGGACUAAGAGAAGUGCCUCUACGAUUUAUACAUCUGUCUGUAUAUGUCAGUAGAGGUUCAUUCAGUAUUGUAGCUGUAGCAGGUGUUAACAGUUCUCUCUUUGACUGUCCCUUGUCCUCUUUUUCUGUGUCGACGCUGGGUUUCUAGGGCAACGACUCAGAGGUUAGAUUUUGUUUCUGCACGACCGCUGUGCUGACCGCAUGGCACCUCACUUUGGGGGGCUUUUCAUCAACUCCUCUGGCACACCAGGACACCACACACACACACACACACACACACACACACACACACACGCACACACACAACUAGUGGCAAUUCUACUUUGUAUGUAGAGGCAGCUGUCCAGGUCCACUCAGUAACUACCUACGUGUUCUGCACUCCACUGCAACACCAAUGGGAAAGAAGUGGGUCUCUGUACUAUGACACAGAAAUAGAACACAAAAGUUGGUCUGAAUUGACUUACAUGCGUCACUGAUACACUUUGGAUCCAGUUACACUGUGGUCAACAUUGUGGACAAAAAAUAUAUAUAUAUAUAUAAAAAAAUAAAUAAUGCAUUAACUGUAAGUCGCUCUGGAUAAGAGCGUCUGCUAAAUGACUAAAAUGUAAAUGUGAAUGUAUGGACACUAUUACCAGGCCUGUGGUCACAUAUCUAGACUGUGGCAUACACUCAGCUAGAACACUACUCUUAAUAUCACAUACAUUUUCUACUGCUAAACUGCAUAGAAUUACAUGAAUAAACACAUUUGUGUGACCGAGUGUGUGAAGUGACAGACACAGUGCUCCACACAAGGCCAGAUAGAAAAAGCAAGAGCACCUUUCAAGCAGACAUGCACCAUACUGAUAUAACACUAUUGGACGAAGUGGCAGUAGUGGGCUACCCCCAGUCCUGCCAGUGUGUGAGGGGGGGAGUCUGGAGGCGCUUGAUGAAAGUACUCUGCCGUAGUCGGGCUCAUGGCACUAGGCUCCGCACCAGGCCUGCCCAAAGCAGCAGUGGGGGCAGAGUGCCAUCAUCCUGCCAAUGAGUUUGCACCCAGUUGAUUGUAGUUGGGUGGGAGUCUUCCUUCCAUGUCUUUUCAGUUGAAGGUUGGUUGGUAUAUAGCGUUUGUGAUCAAGCUCCCUCCACAAGGGGAUGCUGUUAGUCCCCCUCUCUGUGCUCACCGCUCACUCACUGCUCCCUGUAACCGCCAUGUCAGACCAUGGCUUAGCUUCAUCAUAUCCACCAGUCAGUCUCCACCCACCCACCUGUCCCCUUUCUUUAACCCAUGACCUGAUACUAUAUUUAACAGGACUGAAAAAGGUCUCUGGAAGAAGCUCUAUAGUACCCAAUGUAGAAUGUGACUUUACCUCACCCCAAUCUAUUUUAAUCAAACCUGUCUUCUAAAAUCUUCCCUAAAACCUUUGUACCCACCUUCCUCUAAACUAGCCUUAUUCAUAACACACUCCUUGCAUUGAAGUACUGGUUUGGCGAAGCGGUUGAAUCUGCCUGGACUUGUCUGUGGCUUUGACACACUCCUACCACUCGCACACAUUCUUCUUUAUCAGGAGUAAAUGCACUUUUUGGGUAUGAAGGGCAUAUACUCCGAGAUACAUACAGCAUUUCACUGAAACACAUUGUUCUCACUUUUCACCACUGCACAUUCCCUUAGUCCUUCAGGACAUUUAGCCAUGACACAUUCUCUGUUUCUAGGGCUUUGCAUCCUCUCCUGUUCUGUGCGGUGUUCCUCUGUUAUCUUCACUCCCUGGGCCAACCCCAGCCUGCUGUAUGACACUAACAUAUACACAGACACACAGGCAGGCAGGCAGGCAGACAGAGAGACAGGCAGACAGAGAAAUACACACACACACACACUACAUACAAGCUUGCAGGGGACGUCAGAGAGGGCAGACAACAGACCAUAAUGUUCCAUCACAGAAAUGAGACAGGAGAGAGGGAGGAGAGCACAGGGGCGAUGGGACGUAUCCCAUGUGGGACGUAUCACGUGGGAAGUAUCCCAUGGACAUUUGGUUUACUUGUGUGAUUUGCUAGUUGGUAGCUAACACCUUGGUCUGAUUCUAGUUCCCAUUAACAUGAUGCUACUAACAACAAAUAGUUUUGUGUGUUUUCAACAGGAGCUUUGUUACUCUCCAACACCAUGUAACACAUUCAUUCACCUAGUGCUGCAGGAGCCAAACGCACCUGAGAAGCAUACUGUAGAACGUUGUUUUUAACCCGUUUUUCAAUCGAAUGCUGGAUGAUUUUUCAUGUGAAUGCAAUGUGUGUUUUGUAAGCAUGUUUUUAUAUGUGCAGUUUAACUGAUUUUCUGUCUUACAGAUUAGAACAAUUCCUUUCAGUUGUCCUCCCCCAACCCCAACACCCCCCACCCCAGCCCCAACCCCUGUCCUUCUCAAUACAGUGUUACAUUCUCACAUUCCCCUCCCCUUUACCUGCCAAGAGUUCAGAAACAGGUCGUUAUGGUGGUGAGAUGUAGCCCUCAUUCUGGGCAGUUUGGUUAUUUAUUCAGUACAUUGCCUGUCCACCUGCAGCAAAUACUGAAGAAUAUAAUAAUAUGAAAGAACUGACCUAGACUGAAGGGUUCAGAGAGGAGUCCAUGGCUCUUGAUAUUAGAGGGUGUUAACUGUUAAUUAAUGGUAUUUUGUGACAGCUACAGCCUGCAUAAACAGGUAGAGGGACACAGUGUAACUCAACAGGUCAUUGAAAUGAGAAGCAAUGGUCACAUUUCCACUGGAUUACAGGUAUCAAGCUGGGAAUAAUGUGACAAGAGCACAUUAUGGUUUUUAGUACAUUGCACAAAGUGUAGAUGUCAUGUAGACCAGGGAUGUCAAACUCAUUCCAUGGAGGACCUGGUGUCUGCUGUUUUUCCUAGACCUAGCCAACCAGGUGAGGGGAGUUCCUUACUAAUCAGUGACCUUAAUUCAUCAAUCAAGUAAGUACAAGGGAGGAGUGAAAACCCGCAGACACUCGGCCCUCCGUGGAAUGAGUUUGACACGUGAUGUAGAUUAUUGAAUGUAAUGUAAAAUAUACACUCAGUGGCCAGUUUAUACCACCUCGUUCACAAAAAUGGUUAGCUCCUACAGUCUCGUGGCCGUGGCUUGCUAUAUAAAACAGGCAGACAGGCAUCGAGGCAUUCAGUUACUGUUCGAUUGAACGUCAGAAUGGGCAAAGCAAGUGACCUAAGCGACUUUGAGCAUGGUAUGAUCGUCGGUGCUAGGCGCACCGGUUCCAGUAUCUCAGAAACAGCCGGCCUCCUGGGCUUUUCACGCAUGACAGUGUCUAGGGUUUACAAAAAAACAACAACAUCCAGUCAGCAGCAGUCCUGUGGGCGAAAACAGCUCGUUGAUGAGAGAGGUCGAAGGAGAAUGGCAAGAAUCGUGCAAGCUAGCAGGCAGGCAACAAACAGAUUCAAAAAUGGUGCAGAACAACAGUGGUGUGCAGAACGGCAUCUUGGAACGCACAACUCAUCGGUCCUUGUCACGGAUGGGCUAUCACAGCAGACGACCACACCGGAUUCCUCUCCUAUCAGCUAAAAACAAAAAGAAGAGGCUCCAGCGAUCACCAACACUGGACAAUUGAGGAGUGGAAAUACAUUGCCUGGUCUGACUAAUCCCGGUUGCUGUUGCAUCAUGCUGAUGGCAGAGUCAGGAUUUGGCAUCAGCAGCAUGAGUCCAUGGCCCCAUCCUGCCUGGUGUCAACGGUACAGGCUGUUGGCGGUGGUGUAAUGGUGUGGGGAAUGUUUUCCUGGCACACGUUAGGUCCCUUGAUACCAAUUGAGCAACGUUUGAAUACCACACCUUGUAGAACCAUGCCCCAAAGAAUUCAGGCUGUUCUGGAGGCAAAGGGGCGUCCGACCCGGUACUAAAUGGGUGUACAUAAUAAACUGGCCACUGAGUGUAUAUUGUAGAAGUAGUUGCUUUUCUAUUGUAGUGUUCAUAAUGAUUAUUUUCAUGGUUAAGAGGUAGAGCAGGACUCUUAUUGAAAAAUGUAAGUGAUUGUGAGUGUUGUGCCAUUGAAUCAGUGCUGUCAUGGGUUCAAUGCGAAGCAGUGGUAAUUGAUACGCUGUUCAGUGCCCUGCAUGUAUUGGUUGAGGCUCCAACCAUAUGCAUGAAGAAGACGCCUUGGUCCCUCAUGUUCUCGCCUUGGUUCCUCCUUGUGUUCUCAGGCUGGUGGCUCAGACGUGGAGCGUACCAAGAAGAAGAGACGGGGAGAUCGUUACUCAGUGCAGACGUCACUUAUUGUGGCUGCCCUGAAAAAGAUGCUCCCCAUCGGCCUCAACAUGUGCUCCCCUGCUGAUCAGGAGCUUAUCAACCUGGCCAAGAUACGAUACUCUUUGGUAGUGUGCCCUCGGCUCUCUUAAAUAACUCUGCCGUAGUAACCAUGUGUCAGAAUAGUUGUUUGUGCCAGACCCAUAGGGCUGUAUGUCUAGACACAGAAAUUGUUCCAAAAUAAAUCUUAAACAACAUUUUUCUUCCAGAGGGACACUGAUGAGGAAGUAAGGGAGUUCUUGCAAAACAACCUGCAUCUUCAAGGCAAGGUAAGUUGGAGUGAUACAUGGUGAAGUUCCGGUGGUGUUCCUCCAGCUGCAGUGUGCGUGUUCCUCCAGCUGCAGUGUGUUGUGUUCAGGUGGAGAACCCGUCCAUGCGCUGGCAGAUGUCCCUAUAUAAGGAGAUGGCAGGGAAGGCUGAGGAUGCUGACGCUCCUGAGAAAGUGGUUAAGAGGGUGCAGGAGGUGUCUGCUGUGCUCUAUCACAUUGAGGUGGUGAGUGGAGUAGUACACCCAUUACUUCAGUACUACAACAUCAAUAUAAUCCUACAGUAUCCCUAUAGUCCUACUUCACACACAUGGCAUGAUGUCAGUGGUGCCGUUUCUCUCAAUGAUCUCUUCUCUCACAUAGACGGAGCACCCCUUCAAAUCCAAAAAGAUGGUGUGGCACAAACUGCUGUCCAAGCAGAGACGCAAGGCUGUGGUAGCCUGCUUUAGGAUGACACCACUAUACAACCUACCCAGGUUAGAGAUGCUACUACAGUCUUGUAUUUACAUUUACAUUUGAGUCAUUUAGCAGACGCUCUUAUCCAGAGCGACUUACAGGAGCAAUUAGGGUUAAGCACCUUGCUCAAGGGCACAUAGACAGAUUUUUCACCUAGUUGGCUUGGGGAUUCUAUUCAGCGACCUUUCGGUUACUGGUCCAACACUCUUAUUAACUGCUAGGCUACCUGCCGCUCCAUUCAAACAAAUACAGGAGGUAGCACACAGCCACAAGUAAAACACAGAUACUAACAUCGUUUUCUGUCUGCCUCACAGGCAUAG